UUUACAAAGAAACGGUUAUUGCAAAGAUGCAUUCCAUCAGUAUAGUGCUCGUGUUCGCGCUAGUCGCCAUAGCGAGCUCCGCGCCAGCCGAAGACAAGCCACAUUACGACUUAGACAAGGCUCCCGAGUACUUCGAGAAGUUUAUCAAGAAUUACAACAGGGCGUACAAAGAUGCUGCCGAUAGAGAAGUACAUUACCAAGCCUUUGUUAAAUCAUUGGUGGAGAUCAAUAAAUAUAACGCAGAGAGCAAAACUGCCACUUAUGAUGUCAACGAAUUCGCUGAUUAUACUGUAGAAGAACUGAAGAAUUUAUUCGGACUCAUAACUCCAAAACCGACGUAACAUGAACGCCGGGGUUAUGGAUGGAUACAUCAGAGAACAUGAAUAUGACUUCAAAUUUUCUUUAAGGUUCUAUGUAAUAAAAUUAAUUUGUAUUAAA